AUGCUGCAGGACGCUGGGGUGUGUGGGGUCCUGGAGGACGCUGGGGUGUGUGGGGUCCUGGAGGACGCUGGGGUGUGUGGGGUCCUGGAGGACGCUGGGGUGUGUGGGGUCCUGGAGGAUGCUGCGGGACACUGGGGUCUGUUCCACCGUGCCAUCAUCCAGAGUGGCUCUGCCCUGUCCAGCUGGGCGGUCAACUACCAGCCUGUGAAGUACACCCGUCUGCUGUCUGAGAAGGUGGGCUGUAACGUUCUGGAUACCCUGGACAUGGUGGACUGUCUGAGGAAGAAGAGUGCCAGGGAGCUGGUACAGCAGGACAUCCAGCCAGCACGGUACCAUGUAGCCUUCGGACCGGUUAUAGACGGAGACGUCAUACCUGAUGAUCCAGAGAUCCUCAUGGAGCAGGGAGAGUUCCUGAAUUAUGACAUCAUGCUGGGAGUCAACCAGGGGGAGGGGCUUCGCUUCGUGGACAACGUGGUCGACUCAGAGGACGGCAUCUCGGGCAACGACUUUGACUUCUCAGUGUCGGACUUUGUUGACAGCCUCUACGGUUACCCAGAAGGCAAAGACACUCUAAGGGAGACCAUCAAGUUCAUGUACACGGACUGGGCGGACCGCGACAACCCCGAGACACGACGCAAGACGCUGGUCGCUCUGUUCACCGACCACCAGUGGGUGGAGCCGUCGGUAGUGACGGCGGACCUCCACGCCCGUUACGGCUCGCCAACGUACUUCUACGCCUUCUACCACCACUGCCAGAGUCUGAUGAAGCCGGCCUGGUCGGACGCAGCCCACGGGGACGAGGUACCCUACGUGUUCGGGAUCCCCAUGAUCGGACCCACAGACCUGUUCCCCUGUAACUUCUCCAAGAAUGACAUCAUGCUCAGUGCUGUGGUGAUGACCUAUUGGACUAAUUUCGCCAAGACCGGGUAA